AUGGGUAUGCUGCGGUAUGGUGAAGAUCUUGCUCGUGAUCGCAUGCUGAUGGUCAUGGCGAUGGGUAUGGUGAUGGUCAUCGUCGGCGUCAUCCUGCGUUCGGACAAGGUUGCCGCCAACUCGACACGCUCGCAGGACGGGGACGAGGAGCGAGCGCUACCUCUGGGCGCACGGGUUCUGGUGGAUCUAGACGGUUAUGUGCUCCACGGCAGACUCGUGUUCCGUGGCAAGGUCCGCAAGCUGGCAGGUCGCUGGGCUGGCGUCGUCCUUGACGAGCCGGCUGGCAACUGCGAUGGCUGGUACGCCGGCAAGCGGUACUUUGAUGCCCAGCCGAACCACGGGCUGCUGGUGCAAAUGGAUGCUCUGAGGCUUCCCGACGUAGUUGCUAUUGUGCUCGAGAAGAACCAGCCCGGAGUCCAUCGCUCACCGAUCAGCAUCUCGCUCUCCGACUCGCUCUCAACCACAUCAUCUCCUAUCCGUUCUGCACCUGAAUCGACACUCACGCUCGAGAGGCCACAACUGCCUGCGCCCGGGUCGCGAGUCCGAGUCGCCGAUGCACUAGCCGCUACGGUGUCGUAUUUGGGGCCGGUGAACGGCAGAUCCGGUACCUGGCUGGGCCUCACCCUCGACAAGCCGCUUGGCAAGAAUGAUGGCUCGGUGGACGGCGUCCGCUACUUUGAGUGUCAGCCCAAGCACGGGCUCUUUGUCAACCCAGCAAGCGUGAGCAUCGAACCGCUGGACUCUGAGCAGACUACCGUGCCUUCAUCGCUCUCGCCGUACCUGCUCUCUUGGCGCGAGUACGUCGACCCGGCAAGCCGGGCCAUGCUUCUGGUCCACGAGAAGGAACUCACCGACUUGCGCCAGGUUCACGCCGCCGAGCUUGUCGAGCUGCGAAACAAGUCCGCUGCUGCUGCUGCGAAAACUUUUGACGCUGCCGCUGUCGAUAGUGCUGCGCACGAGAUCCGCGUCGCCGCUGCUGCGGCGUCUGCCUCGCUUCCCACUCCCAACACCACCGAUGUGCAGUGGCGGCGUGCACUCGCGCAACAUGCUGCCGAGGAACAGGCGGCAUCAGCACUGGACACCCUGCGCGCACAGCACGCGGCCGAGCUUGACACUCUCCGGGCCCGCCACCGACGCGAGCGCAGCGUCGUUUUUAACGCUGGAGGACAGACCUCGGCCUCGACACUCUCGCCACACGUCCGCGCAGUCAUCGAUGCUUUCCACGCUGCUGAUGCAACACAUCUUGAGGUGGUGGCCAGAGAGACAGCUCUCGUGACCUCGCUCCAUGCCCAGUCUGGCGUCCUUGAUCUACUUGCUGCCCAGUGCGUCGACGUCGCUGAGGCCAAACAGGCUCACAAUUCCGGGAUCAUCGACUCAGCUCGCCUCGAGGCCAAGGUCUGUGAGCUUGCAGCCCGCACCGAUGCCGGCCGCGCCGCUCUCCUCGAUUCGGCCGAAGCCGAGCAAGCCCGCCGUGAGGCCGAGGUCCGCGCACUUUUCAGCUCUUCACACGAAGCCCACUGGAGUAUGGCCGCCAUCCACACCAAGCGCAUCCAGCUUGGGCUCGCCAAUGCAGAGCUCGUGGCUGACCAUCGGGCUGCUGCAGCCCAAGUGCAAACAGCUGUCGGGAGCACGCGCAGCAUGGGCCAUGCUGCCGAGCCGCUGUUGGAGCUUCACCAGGCGUCACUGGCCCUCGAGGUGGAGCUCUUCACCUCGUUUGAGACAACGUCGCUUACUGAGGUCCUUGCUUCCAUCCGGUGGCGAUUGACAGCACUUGCAGAUCUAGAGUGCGACGCACUUGCCGCCCAGGCCAAACUUCGCAGAGUUGCCGAAGCCGCGCUGGAGGAGAUCAGCGCGAGCCUAGGCACCCAGGCUCGGUCUGGAUGGACGUCGCGCCUCGAAAAGCUUCAUGAGACCUUUGUUGCGCCGCUGAUGGCGCCAGGCUCACAGCAACUGCAAGACAAGUCCACCGCAAUACGGUCAUGCAUGGAGGAGCUUGCUGAGGCCCUUGUCACCACCUACCGCCGUGCACUCUGUCUCCGGCACAGUGCCGCAGAGUCACUGCUUCACGCUGCAAGCUGCGGAGACCACUCUCCAGACUCGCGCCUCGCGACCCUUGCCUCCAUUCGAGAUGCCGUCGCCGCUAUUGAAGGCGCGGCCGCCGAUGCACUUCAGGCAUCAGCCCGCGAGCGCCUUGCUAUCUUGGACAACGUUGCCACCGAGGCUGACGAUAUCGCCGCCACCCAUGAGGCCGAUGUCACCCGCAUCUACGAGGACCUUGUGUUCUCAAGCGACAAUGUUGACGCGGGCGCUGUUCAGGUUGCUGUCGCUGUUGCAUCACUCGACCGCAUUCUCGCCGAGACCUCGCUCGAGCUGUCAGCGCUUGACACCGAGCUGCGUACGCUGGCGUCAAUCUGGGACCGUGUCCGCACUGUUGCCAAGCCUGCGCUGGCACGUCUGCUUCCGGCUCACUUUUUAACAGCGUGCGAGAGUGCCGAGGCUGCCGCUGCCGUCUCAGUCUCUACGGGCCAGAGACGACUGCAGGAGCUUGCCGAUGUGCACGCAACGAGCCGAGCCGAGCUGGCACGGAGCCUCGAGCGUGCUCGUGUUGACCUUGUCAUUGCCGUCAAUACCCUUGGAACACUUGCGGAUCCGCUGUCAAGCGCCGCCUCACCGGCCAGGAUGCUCCUUGACAUGGUCACACGCCUUGAGGCUGCUCGUCUCGGACUGGCAACCCAUGCCGCCCGCGCCGAGCUUCUCACCCUUCACGCUCGCGAGGUUGUCCCGCCACCGUCGACGCCGCCUGCAUCUGGAGCCAAGUCGCGAGCUCGGCGGCCGCCCCGUCCCAUGCUCCUUCUCCAUCUUCCGCGACACACCCGGCACCACUGUGCGCGACUUGAGCUGACUCGACUGCGCCGGAUUGCGGCGACUCACGCAGCAGUUUUGCUCGCAUCUGCCGCCUGCAAGCGAGCUGUCGCACGUGAACGGGCGACCGCCGCCGGUGAUGCUGCCGCCGCUGCGGCUGCCGACGCUGCCUACCAGUGCAAGGUUGAGGCCAUCAAGGCCGAGCAAGAUUCUAGGGGAGCCCAAGCAGCUCGCCAAGUUGCCGAAGCACACGCCCAGGUUGCGGCGCGCGAGAGCGAGGCGCGUGCGCUUCGCGAGGCCCAGGACCAGUGGCGGAUGCAAGUGCUCGAGGCGACAGUGGCCCAGAAGCGGAUUGUCAUCGAUCGCCGACUGGCGGCUCAGCUUGCAGCAGCCGAAGCAGCCACUGCAGCCGCUAUCGCUCUCGAGAAGACCAAGCUCAAAGCCGUGCGCGCCGCUCCGGAAUCUCAGCUGGAUGGUGCUGCCUCGGCGGCAGUUGCAUACCACGCGAAUGUGGCCCAGCUGCGCGCAGACCUGGCGGCCACCCGCAGUCAGCUCGAGCUUCAGGCCGAGAACGAGGAGCACCUGGAGGAAAGUCUCGCUAGGCAGGACAUCGAGCGUCAGUGCGCGCUCAGCGAGCUGGCUGCCCGUCACAAGGCAGAGUAUGCCGCUGCUGCUGCUGACAUUGACCUCAAGCUCGCGGUUGUAGACGCCGAGCUCGAGACGACCCUUGCGGAGCUGGAGGCGGACAAGGCCGCCAAGCUUCACUCGCUUGCGGGCUCGCCACAUCUCGCCGAGCAGCGCGUGGCAUUUGAGGCUGCGCACACCGAGCGGGUGGCCGCUGCUCGCGAGGCUGCUUACAGUCUCGCUACCACUCUCCGACUGGAAUUGACCGAAGCCGUACAGAAGCGUCACGAGAGCGAGAUCCUGGCCCUCGCCGCGCUCGACGAGCGGCAUGCUGCCGCAACGUCACAGGCUCAGAUCUCCAUCUCGACCGAAGCUGCCAAGAUUAUAGCUGUCGCAAAGGCUCGAGCCUCUGCACUGGAGUCGGCUGCUGAAGCCGACCGUGCGGAGGCCGCUGACACUCUCCGGGACGCGCUAGCCGCGGCUGCAUCGGACGACGCCCGCGCCCGCUCGCUGGAAGUCUACCAAAGGCAGGUCGAAGCCAUUAAUUCAACCCUCGCCAAAAACGAGGCUGCUAUCCACGAUGAAGCCCACGAGGCGUCGAAUGCGCUGCGCGCCAGCCUCGAGCAGCAAGUUGCCCACGCGCUGCAUGCCGAGCGCAUUGAGGCUGCUCAGCUGCAGGCAGAGCACAAAGAGCACACGCGUGAGGCCCGCGCUGCCGCUCUCAAAGCUCAGCUGGACGCUGAGGCCAAGGCUGAGCAAACCGCGCUACUCGCUGCUCGCAAGGCUAAGAGCCUUGGCGAUGCCGGUCAAUCUGCAGAAGAGGUGGCAGGAGAAGCAGCGGCGCUUGUCGAUGACGUUGCGGCUGCUGUCGUUGCGGCUGUUUCGACCGCGUCUCGUCUUGACGCUGACGCUGUCACGGCGGUGCUUGACUAUGAUUUACAGCUGAGCACAGCGCUCAGCGGUGCAUCGGCAGCCACACAUACGGUGGUGGCGCAGACCGAGGCCGCGGCUGUCGUGGAGAUGGAACUUGCCGAAGAGCUGAAGCGAGCUCGGAUUCAGUUGGCAAACAAGCCAGAUGAAUUACAGGCAGCCAAAGACGAGGCUCAUGCUCGAGCCUCGGCUCGUCGUGAGGAGCUGAAGUCUGCCGUUGCUGAUGCCCGCGUCUCCGCCGAGGUCGAGCAUGCGCAAGCGCUUGCAACUGCUUUGGACAGCUCAAGCAUGGCUGUUGCCUCCAUCGACGACUUUGCAGCGUCUGAGCUGACUCGACUCGAGCGUGAACGCGACAGCUCACUGUCAAGCGAAGCUACUGCACAUCAGCAGGCGCUAGCAGUGCUAGCGACGGCGCGCAAGGCUGAGCUGGCAAAGGCUGCUAGCGAGGCUGAGCAUGCCCGCAUUUCCGCCACGUUUGCGGCGCAACAUGCCUCCCUUGAAGCUGCCAGCGCAAGUGUGAGGCGGAGCAUCGUUAGAAGCCACACGCGCGCAACAGCUGAAGUUAAGGCGUGUGCUGCACGCAAUCGCGAGCAGGCGCGUAGCCUUGCAGCGGUAGAGUCGGCAGUAGCCAAGCACCAUGCAGACAUUGACCAAGCCGCGAUGGCCAAGGCUACUGCCACCGUCGCCAACCCGGAGCUCUCCCAGAUCAUGAUCGACACCGAUACUGCUGCUGAGAGUUCCCAGGCCCGGAGCCUGGCGCUGCGGCGGCAGCCGAGCUCGAACCUCGAGAAAAUGGUGACGACAUCUAGUUCUGACCUGCUUGCUCGCCGCAUUGCCGAGUUGGAAGCGGAGCUGGCUGCUGCCAAGGCCAACGAGGCAGUGGAGCGUCAGGCGUCUGAGGCUCGGCUGGCAACCGCCGCAUCCAGCGCUCCCCCCGCCAUCAAGGUUGUAGGGCCACAGGAUGGGACUGUCGUGGUUGAGACCGGAACAGAGGUGGCGCUCGAGGGAACGCUAAUUGUGCCGGACGGGGCGCGACUGGUGCCCAAGGGCUCGAUUAUUGUCCCGCGCGGAACGCUUGUGGUUGAGAUGGACGACCCGCUGGAGAUGGCGUCGUUGGCUGACUCGGACUCGGAGGACGAAGCCAGCGAGUCGCUCAAGCUUGUGCGCGGCGACACGGUGGUCGCGGCGCCGGGAUCAAUGGUUGUCCCGAUUGUAGGCUCGCCAAUAGCGAGUGGCUCACCAGGCCAGGCGUUUGUGCCAAUGGCGGUGGCACCAGCGUCACUAGUUGAAGCGUUGGAGGCUGUGGCCGACGCGCUACAGGAUGCCGCUAUUGAUGCCCGCAAAGUGAGCGGUGACGUGGACUCGGACGAUGAGAUCCCUGAUGGGAUGGAGACUUUGCAGUGGCAGGUGCACCUGGCAACCCUCAAGACGCUUGCACUCCAGCGCGACAUUGUGCUCGACCUGGUCUCCGAUCUCAAGAGUAUGGCACCGCGCGGGUCGAUCUCGCCACGGGGGCGGCUUGUGGUGGCAGCCAGCGAUGGCUCGAGUGUGGACAGCCAGCCGGAGCGGUCGAUGAAGCGGUCGCUGUCGCGGGCUGCGCUCGAGGCUCGCAUCCACGUCCUCCGGAACACCGGGCUCGAACCCGAAGACGAUGUGCCGCCGUCGGCGUCUGGCGACGACGACGAGGUCUUUGACUCCGGCGGUGAGUCCGAGUCUGACGACGGCCGUGGCAUCGAGGUCGACGCCGAGCUUGGCGCUGUGGUGACCGGCUCAACCAAGGCGCCAAAGCACUUUUGCAACAUGCUCAAGCAUGACGUGUCGGCAGCGCAUUUGCGGACACUCAAGUACGCGCUGCUUAACAAUGGGUCGAGCUGGACCCGUGAGUUUCUGCAGCGCGACGGGCUUGACGACGUCCUGCAAGUGCUGCGUGAGUUUGUGCGCAAGCGCAACAAGCAGCCAAACGACGUCGAGGUGGCCGCCCGAGCGACCAAGGUGAUCAAGGUGCUGACGCAAACAAGUGCUGGCACGAAGGCCAUGACGCGCAUCAACGACGGCACAAGUACCAUUGUGCGGACGCUGCAUGCCGACGCAGACGAGACGCUGCGGUCACGGGCGCUGCUUGUGCUCGCGCGGAUGGCUCAUGCGUCGCACGAAGCGCACCAGGCCGUACAAGCGGCGCUGGAUGCGCAGCGGACGCUGGACCGCGCAAACCACCCGUUCACUGCCGCUCUCGAGGCCAUGCAGUGUACCGAGUCGGAGACGCUGCGCGUGGCCGGCUUGGCGCUUCUCAACGGCGUCAUCAACACUGAAAAGGAUCUCACGGUGCGGGUGGCGUGGCGGGAGAGUCUCGAGGCUGCCAGCAUUGACGCGGCCAUCGGAUACAUGAACUCGAUGGACAGUGAUGUGCCGGCGGCACGCGAGCAGAUCGAGCUUUACAUCGAUGCGGCGCACUACGACGCUACCCAGAUUCAGUUCCGAAGCAUCGAGCUCUCAGACCCGCGGGCGGUGUGCGACAUGCUUGUGACAAAUCUGCGGGUGACGCCAGCGUACCCGCAGCUUGUCAAAGUACUGCAGAUGCUGCUGGCACUUCCGACGCGGGGACCGCUAGGGCUUGAGGCGUGGAAGCAGCUGGUGCAGCUCCUCUCGGACGCGGUUGAGCCCUCGGUUGCGCACGUGGGUCUCUCGCAAGAGGAAGAGGAGGCUGCCGGAAUGCUCACAACCGGGAUUUCGCUCCCGUCAGUGGAUGAUUUACACCACACAACAGCGCGCGCCGCGGCCGAGGGCUACCUGCAGCAGCUGAACGCGUCUGCGGCGGACCCGCUUGGCCGCGCCACAGGCAAGCCGACAUCCAACUUGGCGGUACUCAAGACCAAGACAUCGCUGGAGACUCGGGCGUACGUGGACGGUCUUCACGACGAUCUUGACAAAGCCAACCGCACAGUUUGCGAGCUGACGGCCAAGCUAGAUGAGCUGGCGACGUCGGAGGCCGGUAUGAUUCAAGCGCGGGCCGAAGAAGCGAUGGCUGCCAAGAACGCUGACGCACGGGCUGCCCUGGCGUGUGCGCGCAGCAUGGAUGAGCAUCAACUGAGGAUGGCCGACCAUCGGCAAAGCAUGACGCUGCAGCGGUAUGAGCUCCGUAUCAACGAGCUGCAAGCGCAGUUGGCACUGGCGCUCAAGAAAGCCCGGCUGGGAGCCAUCACCGAAGAGACUCGGAUCAAGGAAGCGCGGCUGCGGUUCCGCAUCGGGGUCCGGCGUAUUUUGAUGAAGCGGAGGAUGGGGAGUGUGUUUACACUGCCUAGUGGCGGAGCAGCGGCGAGCAGCGGCUCGAGUCCGGGCACCGGUGCGACAGGGCCGAGCGGCGGUCCACCACCACCGCCGCCACCGAUGCCCGGAGGUGGGCCACCGCCGCCGCCGCCUCCACCGCCGCCGCCCGGAGGCGGCGGACCGCCGCUGCCGCCGCCUCCGCCGCCUGGGGGCUGGGGACCAGGCGGGCCGCCGCCGCCGCCACCGCCAGCUGCAGCAAAUCCUCGCGCGCCGCGCAAGGCCAAGGUGCCGAUGCGCAAACUGUACUGGUCCAAGGUCAAGCCGGUAGAGCUGAACGGAUCUGUGUUUGAGAGUCUCAAUCCGAGCUCCGUGAUGCUCAACUGGGACGAGAUGGAAAAGCUGUUUACGUCGAAGAGGCCCGUCAAGAAGCUGAGCCCAGCAGAGGCCGAAGCUGAGGCUGCGCGCGCCAAGCGGCCCAAGAAGGUGCUGCUGCUGGAUGGCAAGGCGUCGAACGCGAUCGGGAUUAUGCUCUCGCGGUUCCGUAUGAGCAACGAGGCGCUGCGCGACGCGAUGCUCUCACUUGACGAAAAGGUGCUUACGGCCGAGUCUAUCACGUUUGUGGUCAAGACGCUGCCGACGACAGAUGACCUGGCGACAGUGGCGUCGUACGACGGCGAUCUUGGCUUGCUCGGCAAGUCUGAGCAGUACGUGCGCACGAUCAUGGGCAUUCCGCGGUUGGCGCAGCGGCUGCGGUCGCUGCAAAUCAAGCUGGAGUUUGAGGUCCUUGUCCACGACGUCGAUGAGGGCGUGGUGGCGCUCUCAGGUGCGCUGACGGCAAUCCACGAGUCCAAGGCGCUCGGUAAGCUGUUUGAGAUCUUGCUGGCAAUCGGCAACUUUAUGAACUCGAAGAAGGAGCGCGGCUUCCACCUGGACUUUCUGGCCAAGGUUGGUGGGACGAAGACCAUCGACGGCAAGUCGAACCUGCUCCGGUUCGUGGCUGAGCUGCUGGAGCGCGAGUUUUCCGAGGUGCUGGCAUUCAAGGACGACCUCAAGCUUGCAGCCGAAGCGGCGCGACACCCGUUUGACAUGAUCGAGGCUGCAGCCGGCAACCUCGACAAGAAUCUCAAGAUUGUGGGCAUGGAGCUGAGUCAGACGAAAGACGCAGUGUUCAAGGACGUGUUUGACCCGUUCCACGAGGCAGCACUCGAGCGGAUGCAGGCGGUCCAUGGCGCGAUUGACGAGGUCAAGACCAAGCACCUUGCAGUGUGCAAGGUCUUUGCAGAAAAGCCGACCAAGACGAGUGCCGACCAUCUGUGCGGGAUCUUUGCCGACUUUCUGGAAGAGUUUGAGGCGGCCGAGGCCAAGAACCGAAGGGCCAAGGAGCUUGAGGCGAAGCGCGAGCGGAAGCGCAAGGCGCGCGAAGCGGCCAAGAAGAAGCGGGCGGCCCGCGCAGCCAAGAGCUAGUCUAAAAGAUGUGCAUUCACUG